UAAUGUUAUCUAUAUAAUGUAUCGUUGUUUUUUUGUUAAAUAAAAAUUGUCCAUUUGUACGGGUCGUUAGGUGAUUACUUUCCUCCCUCGGGUGACAUAGCCGUUUAAGCCAAAUCGCUUGGGUAGACUGAAAGGAUUCGAAAGUACUAGGCUUAAUUGUGGUUAUACCAAGACGUUUAGCGAACUGCAUUCUACCGCUGCAACAUUACCUUUUUUAAUUCAAGAAUCAUUUACUUGUGAGGUACGGACUGACCCCGUUUACUAUAAGAUCGAAAACAAAAGAACCGCCGCGGCGAGCAUCUUUCUCGAGAGAUAAAUCAUUAAUUCAACCUGGACAUGACGAUUGUUUCUUCAUUUUUUUCUAAUUCUUUCUUUCUUUCUUUUUAUUUAUUUAUUUUCUUUUUUCUUGUGUUUUUUUUUUUUUUUAUUUAUUUAUUUAAACACAGCUUUUAUAAUCGUUUCAUAACGUGGCUAUAACUCAUGGCUAUUGUAAAGACAAACGUCAUUGAUCACUGCGUAAUUUAUUAGCUCAAUAGGCCUGAGGCAAAGAGUAUUAUAAAAUUCUGUAUCUUAAGGAUAAAAUGAAAGAAAAAGAGAGAGAGAAAAAGAAAAGAAAAAUAGUCCAACAGAAAAAGAUCCUUAGCUUUUAUUCGAAAAUGCGGAUACGUCGUUCUAACCAUGGCGUUAUCGUUGUGGUCGUUACCUUCGGGCUAUACCUCGAGCGAUCUUCGACUUCUAUCUGUGCACGCCUAUUUCAAAUGGUUUUGUCCAUGUGUCGUAAACCCCGUCACCUGUAUAAAACGUCAACUACUCGGCCGUGCCCAAGAUAUCUAUGUACGUAUGUAUGUACGUACGCAUGUAUGUACAUAUAUAUACAUACAUAGGUUCUUACAAGAGCCGCAGAAUUUAUUCAGGAAAUACCGGGGCGCGAGCAAUUGCAUCAUUACAGGGCUUGAACGCACAACGGCUGCUUUUUACGCCGCUUAAGGGAAUCUCAAUCGACUUCGGUCAACGAGUUACUUAUGCCGCCUAAGCCGAGGAAAAGUUUAUAAAACCGGCAAGUACCAACGACGCGCUUUUAGUUUCGUUCAGGACAUUCAUUCUAUCGGUCAUCUUAUACUAACUAUUUCAAGAUAAUAAAAGGAAGACAAAGUUAAUCAUGCUGAGGUUACUGAUACCAUGCCUGUUAUGGCUGGCGAGCGUUCGUUCGCACAGCGUUCAUAUGGACAUGAUGGAUUCCGGUACAAUGGAUUCUUCAUUGUCCAAAUUGAAAAGGGGCUACGUUCAAGACCCUUGUCCACCGCAGUACCACCUUCCCGCAUAUCAUCAACCAGCUGUUCUUGUAAAAGCUUAUGAACAGCCCAGUUAUCCGAAAAAGGAAGUGACAGUCCAUCAAUCACCACCUCAUAUACAAUAUAUAUCAAGUCAUCAACCGAGUUAUACAAUUAUUCCAAAACAAUCGGUGACUUACGUGAAACCGCAGGUAAUAAGUUAUCAACCCGUUCAUGCACCAUCGUAUUCGGUCCAUCCGAUUCAACCUGUCGUCAAACCAUGGGUGCCAUCUUAUACACCGGCUAAAGUGAUUUAUCAAAAGCCAAUGUAUUCUUAUGCCCCGGCUUAUCAAAAGCCAAUGUAUGAGGCGCCGAAAAUUUAUUUUAAAAAAUACGAAGUUCCUGCUGUACAAACGCAGGUGAUUUAUCAAAAACCAGGAAUUGUCUAUCAAAAACCAGCUGUUUCAGGCUAUGUUUAUCAAAAACCAGCUGUUUCAGGCUAUGUAUAUCAAAAACCAGCCCCACAACCUAUUUCCUACAUCCCACCAGCGCAACCUAAAGUUGUUCACAUACAGGCAGCUCCAGUAUCAUACGUGAAAAUUGCUCAACCGCCUCCAAUAGUACAUCAACCCGUCUAUCUUCCACCUGCUCCAGUUCAUCCACCUCCAGCUAUUGUCAAAGUAGCGAAACCUAUGUGCGACUGAAAUCAUAAGGAUCACAUGAAGCCGAGAAAAAAACCUAAUUUAAUCACCAUCGAUUCUCUUGACCAUCAUGAAGUAAGAGAAACAACUUAGCUCACAAGAAACAAUGAACUAUUUCCUAAUGGAAAUAGAUCAAAACAAUCGAGCUACAAUUACCUGCCAUAAUGAGCCACCUUUCUUGAUCGUAAUUUAGUAAAAAUGCACUUUUGUAAUGUCUACACUCUCUACCAAUAAAUAAUCUGUCUUACGUAA